UAAUAGGAAUAUGGUAUAUUAGUGAAUGGAUGGCCAUGGGCAAACCUAACACCUUCCAGCUGGUGGAACUGGGCCCAGGGAGGGGCACCCUUACUGAGGAUAUAUUACGGAAGUGAGUCCCAAACUCGGUGAGAUCCAAGCACGGAUGCUGACAGGAGGGAAGAUGCAACCAAGUCCCAAGGACGGGUCUCCUUACAUGAAAGGCAUUAGCAAGACUGGAAUUCCCAUUUUUUGGUACAGAGACAUUCAAGAUGUGCCGUCAGGUUACAGCUUUUACCUAGCACAUGAGUUCUUUGAUGCCUUGCCAAUACAUAAAUUUCAGAGAACUGAGAAAGGCUGGCGGGAAGUGUUGGUUGAUAUAGAUCCAGAAGUUCCUGACAAGCUGCGGUUUGUCCUGUCACCAUCCAGCACCCCUGCGACAGAAAACUUCAUCCAACCGGAAGAAAUGAGAGAUCACGUGGAAGUGUGUCCCGAGGCUGGUGUCAUCAUCCAGAGGCUUGCCUGUCGUAUAGAGAAGGAUGGUGGGGCUGCACUGGUUGCGGAUUAUGGCCAUGAUGGAACCAAAACUGACACCUUCCGGGGUUUCCGGAAUCACAAACUUCACGAUGUGCUGAGCGCUCCAGGCACAGCAGACCUGACAGCAGAUGUUGAUUUCAGCUAUCUUCGAAAGAUGACACAGGAAAGAACAACUACAUUAGGCCCCAUAAAACAGCGGGAGUUUUUAAAAAACAUGGGCAUUGACCUCCGGUUGCAGGUGCUCUUGCAGAAUUCACGUGACACAGCGACUCGUGAGCAGUUACUUCACAGCUACGAUAUGCUGAUGAAUCCUGAGAACAUGGGGGACUGCUUUAACUUCUUUGCCCUGCUGCCUCACCACAGACUUGUACAUCCUGACAAGAAAGAUAAGCCAGAAUCGAAGUCUCCCUUACCACCUGUUGCUGGAUUUAAUGAACUCUUACUGAAGUAAUUUCAAAUACUAUAGCAAAAUGUCUGAUAGCAGUAGUUUUCAAUAACAUCCUGUUAAAUAUGAAAAACAAAUCCCAGUAAAAGGAAUGCAUUUUAUGGUUUUACAUACUAAAUGUUUUGCAAUAUUGUAAUUAACAUAUAUGCAGUAAGGUAAGAACUAAGUAUCUUUGAACUGAAAGCAGAUAAGUAUCACCUUCUUCAGGCAAUUUUCUCAAACUGAUCUAUGCAUCAGGGCCCAGCCAUAUUUUGGUAGGGAGUGCUAUUUCAGAGGAAAUCUAGUGGAGCACAGUAAACCUCCUGACUGACCUACUCAAAGCAGUAUAAGUGGUAAUAAAAUACUGCUCAUACAGAAAGCAGCACACACACAGCGGAAAAUGAACAAUGUUUCAGGGGUCUUAGGAUAGAGCUGAGUGAAGUAUUGACUAGUGAAUCAAAACUUGUCAGUAACAAAGAGGUGUGCUAAGGAGUCUUUAAAUGUACUCAGCUUUUGUACUUGAAUAAAAUCAAGGUGCCUUGAAAAUAUUUUUAUAAAGAGAAUGGUGACAGGAUGCAUGCAAAAGAAGUUACUGCUAACAGAAUUCCCAGAGCAGGGCAUAUCUAAUGUCAAAUCCACAAACAAGCAAGUAUCUACUUCUAAGAACAUCUGAUAGGUGAGAUAAUUCAUGUAAAUAAAAAGAACAAGACUGAUAGGGAAAUAAAUUUUAUUUUCAAGCUUAUCAGAGGAUAUUUACAAACAAUGGGAUGUAUAAAAAUAUAAAAGUACUUGACAGUGUCCUUUCAAGGCUAUAAAUUUUACAUGAGCUUUUUUCCUAGCAUCACCAUAGCACUAUUGCUUGAAUGAAUGCAACUUAAUUCAUCUAGGGAUAAGGGUAUUAAACACUGUAACCUACUGCUGUCAAAGUUUGCAGUUAAGGUAGAAAAAAAGGGAAUAAAAAACUCAGCUAUUUUUACUACUCUGAAGAAAGUUUA